AUGAGAAAGAACAGAAAUACUCUUAAACCCGAAAAAAGACGCGAUUCAACGUCAACGCGUCUGAAGAAAAUUUGGCGUUCGCCAAAGCAACAAUCAACAUUCAGCUCCGAUUCUGGUGGCGAAAGCUCAUCAAGGCACGAAUCAAAAUCUUCACUGACACUUCAGCCUCCGUUACCGAACAAUAUUAGUAAACCAGCCUGCUCGUUGCCUUUACUACAAAUAUGGCCUAGUCAAGACAGUCCAAGAAGUGAACCUGACGGUCAGAGUUUCAUUUUCUCGGUUGCGAUUGAUGAUUCUACGAAACAAACCGAUACAACAUUUAUCGAACAAUCAUCGUCAUCAUCAGCAGUAAUAAAUCGACGGUCUUCAUUAAAUGUUGAGCAUGGUGGAGAUUCUGGAAUUGAUUCAGUUCAAGCUUCACCUUCACCAAUCACUCAACCAACGAACCAACCAAUUAUUAUAACAAGUUCCAGCACAUUGAAGCAUUCUUCCAGUAGUAGUCCAACCCCUUCCGACAAAUCCAAUCAUCGAAGAUUGCUUCAUCCGGAUCAUGCUCGAACUAUUCGGCAACCAACAUCGCCUGAUAAUACAUCAAUCGAAGACAACAAUGAAUUUUUUGGUGGCAACUUAUGCACAGCAAGUUCAAGUACAACUUCGUCUCUUACAUCGAUCGCAGCAAUUGGAAACACUGCUAGUCAUUUUAAGCGUCUCUCUGACCCUUGGCUACAUCGACAAUCAAAUAAUAUUAGUGGUCAAGAUGAUGAGAACAUUGAUCAAGAGGCACAACGACGUCGCUCAACUGGACGAUAUUCACUUUUAGAUGCAUUAGAUUUAGAAUAUGCUUUGUUGCGAGCUGCGGCUCGUGGAUCUGUUGGACCUUACUCGCUAUCCGAGUCUUUACACAAAUUGACCUUUACGCAAUCUUUAGCCUUUCCUGCAUUAGCACGAAGCAUCACAAGCAAGCGACGGAGAUCAGUUGAUCAUCCCCAACUACGACCACUCGAUCCAAACGAAUCUGGAUUAAAUCUUCUCGCUAAAUUCGUCACUGCUUGCGUCUUGGUGCUGGUUAGCUUCUUAGUAUUUUUUAUAGUAUACAAAUUCUCAACAACAUGA